AUGGGGGCACUGGGGCUGGAGGGCUGGGGGAGGAGGCGCCAGGGGAAGGGCUGCCUCCUGCUGGCUGUGGCAGGAACCACCUCCCUGGUGACCCUGCUGCUGGCUGUGCCGCUCACUGUCCUGGCUGUGCUGGUGGUGGCACCCCAGAAGCAAGGGCUGGUAGCAGAGACCACCGACCCCGGGGCGCAAGCACGGGCCCAGCAGCGACUGGGUAAGAGCAGACUGUCCCCCUCCCGCUCCAGCCCCCGGGACUCCUCGCCCCAUCCAUCUGCAGCCCCAGAUACUCUGCUCUUCCUCCGGGAAUCCCUGGGGCCCUGGCACCGGGCGGGCGGCGCCUACGGCCGCGGGGCCCCCGAGCUGCUGCUGGAGGGCGCGGAGACCGUGCGCCCCGCGCUGGACGCGCCCGGGAGGCUGUGGUACGCGAGCGUGGGCUUCGGCGGCCUGGCGCGGCUGCGGCGCGGCGAGCGCGUGUUCGUCAACAUCAGCCACCCCGCCCUGGUGGACUCCCGCCGCGGGAAGACCUUCUUCGGGGCCGUGAUGGUGGGCUGACGCCGCCCGCGGGGACGGGCUUCGCGGCCGGGGGUGGGGGGACCCGGGCGCGGGGCGGCUGCUGUGAGCCGACAAUAAAGAACGCGCCCGCGAGGCUGAGCCACGUGUCU